AUGGUAAACUGCGCUGUGUCUAACAAAGUGCCCUUUAAACUUGAGUCGAAUUACAAAAAUUAUUAUUCUCUUGUGGUGGAUGGGCAUCUGGACAGAGAGAGCGCGCAUGAGUAUAACGUGACAAUCACAGCUACUGAUGAGGGGACUCCGCCUCUCUCUAGUACCAGUGUCGUUACUGUACACGUUUCUGAUGUGAAUGACAACGCGCCGCGCUUUCCAGAGCCUGUCAUUAAUGUUUAUGUGAUAGAGAACAGUCAGAUCGGAGCUGUUAUUCAUACAGUAUCUGCUUUUGAUCCUGAUUUAGGUGAUAAUGCCCGGAUCACAUAUGCAAUAGAAAGCUCUAAAAGCAGCCCAAUAACAUCCAUGAUCAACAUAAACUCUGACAGUGGAGAUAUACACAGUUUACAGUCUUUUAACUAUGAGGAAAUUAAAACGUUUCAGUUUAAAGUUCAGGCCACAGACUCUGGUGUUCCUCCGCUCAGCAGUAACGUGACUGUAAAUGUUUUUAUUCUGGAUGAGAACGACAAUAGUCCCGCGAUUCUCGCGCCCUAUUCCGAGCACGGUUCCGUUAACACCGAGAACAUUCCCUAUUCUGCUGAGGCGGGCUACUUUGUGGCCAAGAUCAGAGCUGUAGAUGCGGAUUCUGGUUACAAUGCGCUGCUGUCUUAUCACAUCUCUGAGCCCAAAGGAAACAAUCUGUUUCGAAUCGGAACCAGCAGCGGAGAGAUCAGGACUAAGAGGAGAAUGAGUGACAAUGAUUUGAAAACUCACCCUUUGGCCAUUUUGGUUUCUGAUAACGGAGAGCCCUCACUGUCAGCGACUGUGUCUAUUGAUGUCGUGGUUGUUGAGAACACAGGUGACGUCAAGACUCAGUUCAGACAUGUACCUAUCAAGGAGGAGAGUUUCUCGGAUUUAAAUCUGUAUUUGCUGAUCGCCAUUGUGUGUGUAUCCGUCAUCUUUUUAAUGAGCAUCAUCAGUUUGAUAGCUGUGAAAUGCCACAGGACAGAGGGCAGUUUGGGCAGGUACAGCGCUCCAAUGAUCACCACCCACCCUGACGGGAGCUGGUCUUACUCCAAAUCCACUCAGCAGUAUGACGUGUGCUUUAGCUCGGACACACUGAAGAGUGACGUAGUGGUUUUUCCUGCGCCAUUUCCGCCUGCAGAUGCAGAACUGAUCAGUAUUAAUGGAGGAGACACUUUUACCAGAACGCAAACACUUCCUAAUCUGACUUUUUCUGGACAAAAAUUUACAUUACCAACUGCGUUUGACGCAGAUGUGGGCAGUAAUUCUGUUAAGAGCUAUAAGCUGAGCCCGAAUGAACAUUUCUCUCUGGAUAUUCAGAGCGGAGGAGAGCAGAGUGUAUCGGCAGAGUUAGUGCUGCAGAAAGCUUUAGACCGAGAGAAACAGCCUGUGAUCCAGCUCACACUGACCGCUGUAGACGGAGGAAAACCUCCAAGAUCAGGGACAAUAAAUAUAAUCAUUGAUGUCAUAGAUGUGAACGAUAAUAUUCCUGUGUUUGAUAAACAAUUAUAUAAAGCUCGAAUACAAGAAAAUACACCUGCCGGUGCUUCCGUCAUUACAGUCCACGCAAAAGAUGCAGACGAAGGUCUUAAUGGCGAAGUCGUGUACUCGUUAAUAAAUCACGAUAAUGACAACAGUGUAAACGCAUUUUCUAUUGAUCCAGUUACUGGCGAAAUUACAAUCAAGGGUCCUUUAGACUAUGAAACAACUGCUGCCGUUGAGAUUCGUGUUCAGGCCGAGGAUAAAGGGCAAAAUCCACGAGCAUCACAUUGCAAAGUCUUAGUUGAAAUAAUAGAUGUAAAUGAUGAAGUGCCAGAAAUAAGCUUGACAUCUUUAUUAAAUGAACUGAGAGAGGAUUCGUCUCCGGGUACAAUGGUAGGAUUAAUCACAGUGAAAGAUGGCGACGCUGGUAAAAACGGUGCCGUGCAGCUCAAACUCAAAGACUCGCAGCAAUUUAGAUUAGAGAAUACAUAUAAAAAUAGAUUCUCGUUGGUGGUUAACGGUCCUAUUGACAGAGAGAGCGCGCAUGAGUAUAACGUGACCAUCGCAGCUACUGAUGAAGGGACUCCGCCUCUCUCUAGUACCAGUGUCAUUACUGUACACGUUUCUGAUGUGAAUGAUAACGCGCCGCGCUUUCCAGACCCUGUCAUUAAUGUUUAUGUGAAAGAGAACAGUCAGAUCGGAGCUGUUAUUCAUACAGCAUCUGCUUUUGAUCCUGAUGUAGCUGAUAAUGCCCGGAUCACAUAUGCAAUAGAAAGCUCUAAAAGCAGCCCAAUAACAUCCAUGAUCAACAUAAACUCUGACAGUGGAGAUAUUCACAGUUUACAGUCUUUUAACUAUGAGGAGAUUAAAACGUUUCAGUUUAAAGUUCAGGCCACAGACUCUGGUGUUCCUCCGCUCAGCAGUAACGUGACUGUAAAUGUUUUUAUUCUGGAUGAGAACGACAAUAGUCCCGCGAUUCUCGCGCCCUAUUCCGAGCACGGUUCCGUUAACACCGAGAACAUUCCCUAUUCUGCUGAGGCGGGCUACUUUGUGGCCAAGAUCAGAGCUGUAGAUGCGGAUUCGGGUUACAAUGCGCUGCUGUCUUAUCACAUCUCUGAGCCCAAAGGAAACAAUCUGUUUCGAAUCGGAACCAGCAGCGGAGAGAUCAGGACUAAGAGGAGAAUGAGUGACAAUGAUUUGAAAACUCACCCGUUGGUCAUUUUGGUUUCUGAUAACGGAGAGCCCUCACUGUCAGCGACUGUGUCUAUUGAUGUCGUGGUUGUUGAGAACACAGGUGACGUCAAGACUCAGUUCAGACAUGUACCUAUCAAGGAGGAGAGUUUCUCGGAUUUAAAUCUGUAUUUGCUGAUCGCCAUUGUGUGUGUAUCCGUCAUAUUUUUACUGAGCCUCAUCAGUUUUAUAGCUGUAAAAUGCCACAGGACAGAGGGCAGUUUGGGCAGGUACAGCGCCCCAAUGAUCACCACCCACCCUGACGGGAGCUGGUCUUACUCCAAAUCCACUCAGCAGUAUGACGUGUGCUUUAGCUCGGACACACUGAAGAGUGACGUAGUGGUUUUUCCUGCGCCAUUUCCGCCUGCAGAUGCAGAACUAAUCAGUAUUAAUGGAGGAGACACUUUUACCAGAACACAAACACUUCCUAAUAAAGAGAAGGUAAGACAAAUAAAUACAUUCAUUGGUUGCUUUUAUGUAGGCAAUAUUUCUCUCCUUGUAAUUCGAGGCUGCAGACUGAGCGUCAUCUUUUUGGUUUCCGUUAUUACGUUGGAUCAUGUAAAAGAAACAGAAAACAAACUGUUUAGUACUAUAGUAUUUUGUUUAGAGUGUGUGACAUGAUGUUUGUAUUUUAUCUGAAAUUUCAUUUGUUGAACUGUUUCGUGGCAAAACUUUCUCGUAAUAUCAGUUUUUGUUCUGUUCAUGUCCGGGAAGUUAAUGUAAUUAAUCACAAGGAAUAUAUCAUGUGCUGAAUAUUUUUGUUUUAUUGGCUUUCUUAUUUUUUUAGGAGGAAAAUCAGUCUAUGAAUUUUUUUACGUGCACAUGACUACACAUGAGAAAGAAAAUGUUCUGUAGAAAUUCAAAUCCACUAUUGUAUUGUGCUGUUGUAUAUCAAAAACAUAAAAUCUAUUGUAUUGUAC